GUCAUCAUACAUCAAAGAAGGCCAGAGAUGGGCAUAUUUUGAUGAAGUAUAUUGUAUGCAGUAGAGCUGGUUUUAAGAAUAAUGUUUGUCCUCCUAUUUCGGAUACCAAUGUUGCUGGUUCUGAAGGUUGCCCAACAAAAAGGAAAAGAGUGUCUAAUAGGACGGAUACCAAUGUUGCUGGUUCUGAAGGUUGCCCAUCAAAUAGGAAAAGAGUAUCUAAUAGGAUUGGAUGUAAAGCCAUGUAAACUCUGAAAUAUUCUGGAUUUAAAGGGUACUCAGUUUUUGCAUUUGAACAACGCCACAAUCAUUCGAUGUGCUCUGAAUUAUCCAAACAAUUUCUAAAGGAACCAAGAGAUGUCUUCUGCUUUCUUUUUUGACUAUGAUGUGGAUGAUAGUGACCAGUUAACAAGGUUGUUUUGGGCUGAUCCUAUUUGCCGCAAGAAUUAUGCAUUGUUUGGUGACGUUGUUUCAUUUGAUGCUACCUAUGGAACAAAUAGGUACAAUAUGGUGUUUGGACCUUUUACGGGCGUUGAUAAUCACAGAAAGUGUGUCACUUUUGGAGCUGGAUUAUUAUUGAAGGAGGAUGUGGAGUCAUACAUUUGGCUUUUUACUCGUUUUAUAAAUGCUAUGGGACAUCAACCAACAUGCAUUAUUACUGAUCAAGAUCCAGCGAUGCGUGUUGCCAUUGAGAAGUUUGGAGCCAUUACCUUGAACCAUCUCAAUUUGAAGAAAAGUGGAUCUCUCUCAUGAACGAAUACGAAUUGACAAAACAUGAUUGGUUUGUCCAUAUGUUUGAGUUGCGCUAUUGGUGGAUACCUUCUUAUUUUAGAGAUCUAUUUAUAGCUGGAUUACUUCGUACAACAUCACGGUCUGGAUUACUAACCCACAUUUCAGUUUAAUAGAAUUUUUAAUGCAAUUUGAGAGUGCAAUGGAUGCACAAAGGCAUGCACAAGAUAAAUUGAAUUCAGAGUCUGAGUCCUACCUUCCAGUUUUGAAUACUCCUUUAUCUAUGGAGAAGGAUGCGUCUGAUGUAUUCACACUCUCUGUCUUUUAUGAUAUUCAGUCGGAAUUAGAGAUGGACUCGGGCCAGGUGGCCCGACCCGGAUCCGGCCCGGGACCGGUACUGUUCCGGCCCGGCCCGACCCGGUGGCCCGGUCAGUGACCGGUCCG